AUGCGGUGGCAACACCCAAGCCCACAUUUGACAAGACUUGAUGCAUUUCGAAGACAAGUGAACCAAAAGUACAAAACCCAACUGCAAACAUACGAUGACCUCCACAAAUGGUCAGUGGACGAGCUGGAAGAUUUCUGUCGGGAAUUAUGGGCAUUUUGCGGCGUGGUCUACACCAAACCUCCCACAAAAGUCGCCAUCGGUAUGGAAAAGAUGUGGCCAAGGCCUGAGUGGUUUCCAGACGCUCGAUUGAACUAUACUGAAAACGUCCUUUCUACUGGACUGUCGGCACACCCUGAUGCUAUUGCAGUGUCUGCUUGUCGCGAAGGUGGAACGGAGUGGCAGCACCUCUCAUGGGGAGAAUUACGGGCCCGGAUAGAGCUCUGGGUCAGUGCCCUCAGAGCGGCUGGGAUUGGGAAAGGUGACAGAAUUGCUACUGUAACGACAAACUCCAUCGACUCUGUCCUCUUACUGCUUGCAGCCGGAUGCAUCGGUGCAAUAUUCUCUUCCACCUCUCCCGAUCUCGGAAUUCAGGGAAUAGUAGAAAGAUACAUGCAAAUUCAACCAAAGAUCAUCUUCUGUGACUCGGAGGUCCUGUACAAUGGCAAAUUCUUAGAUUUACGUUCAAAAUUGAGCGCUGCGCUGAAGACUUUACGCGAAAGGAGUGACACAGUCGAAAAAGUGGUGGUUUUGUCCGGUCGCACAUGGAAUGAUUCAAUGGUGAUCUCUUCGGCUCGGUUUUUGGAUGUGAAACCCGUUCCACUGCAAUUUGAGCAGGUUGGAUUCGACUAUCCGAUCUAUAUCUUAUUUUCAUCCGGAACAACAGGUGCUCCAAAGUGUAUAUGUCAUGCUGGCGGCGGUGCGCUUCUCCAACAGAAGAAGGAGUUUAUCUUGAAUAGCGAUAUGAAUCUAGACUCGGUCUACUAUCAAUACACAACAACCGGCUGGAUGAUGUGGAAUUAUCUAGUGGGUUCCUUGAGCGUAGGAAGUCGGAUUGUUCUUUAUGACGGGAGCCCCUUAUAUCCCAGCCCCAUGACUCAACUCCAGAUUCUGGAAGAACAAGGUGUAACCCAUUGGGGGACGAGCCCCAAUUUUCUUGCCAAUCUCAAACAGAAUUUCACCAAUGGAACAAGGCCGACGCUCGAAACCCUCCAUUUAAUACGAUGUGCGGGCGCACCACUCUCCCUAGAGAUAUGCGACUGGCUUUACAAAGUGAUACCGACUCGUAUAGGGCUCUUCAAUGGUUCUGGUGGAACUGACCUAGUCUCUGGCAUUGUUGAUUGCAACGUACUUCAACCAUUUGAGCUGGGCCAAAUCUCACGGCCACAGUUAGGUAUGAAAGUCGAGAUAUGGAAUUCUUUGGGUCAACGGAUUGAGGAUCCCGGCGUGGAAGGUGAUCUGGUGAUAACGAGGCCCUUCUUUAGUAUGCCAAUCACCUUCUGGGGGGCUGGGGGAACGGAGAAAUACAGAUUAGCAUACUUUGACCAUUUCGAGGGAUUUUGGUGGCAUGGAGAUUUCAUCCGCAGACAACAGAACGGAAGUUAUGAGAUCUUGGGCCGCAGCGAUGGUGUUCUAAAUCCAAGAGGAGUCAGAUUUGGGACUGCAGAGUUGUACAGUGUUCUGGACAAGUUUCCACAGAUAGCGGACUACAUUGCCGUUGGACAACGACGACCUGAAGACCACGACGAACAAGUUUUGCUCUUUCUGAAGAUGAAGUCUGGACGUCUAGACAAAGGGCUGAUCAUGUCUAUCAGAAACUCAAUCAGACAAUCACUAAGUGCGAGACAUGUUCCAGCCUUGAUUGAACAGGUUGACGACAUACCAUACACGCUGAACGGGAAAAGAGUCGAAAACAUCGUCAAGGACAUUAGCCACGAUGGCGCAGAGCUGGGCCACCUUGAGGAUGGUGAGACGAUUCUGAAAGUUCUCUAUCUAAGCAUUGACCCUGCUAUGCGUGGAUGGCUGGACAAUGAUCGUUCCUAUCUAGCACCUGUGGAGGUCGGAGAUGUCAUGCGUGGCCAGGGCAUAGCUGUCGUCGAGAAGUCCAGAUCCGAAACUUUUCCGAGGGGCAGUUUUGUACUAGCAAAUACAGGAUGGAGAGAGGUCGCCAAGCUUCAUGAAAGUGCCCUUCAGGCUGUCCGGGUUUCUCACAAUAUCCAACUUACAGACUGGAUGGGUGUAUUAGGCUACACCGGUAUGAGUGCUUACUUUGGGUUGACCGACAUUGGGAAGGUGGGAGCGGGAGAUCUUGUGGUCAUAACGGGUGCGGCGGGAGCGACGGGCUCUAUCGCUGGGCAGAUUGCAAAACUCAAAGGUGCUACUGUCGUGGGUAUUGCUGGCUCAGACGAAAAAUGUUCCUGGCUAGUGUCGGAGCUUGGAUUUGACAUUGCCCUCAACUACAAGGCACCCAAUUUCAAACAUGAAUUUACGAUCGCGACGGAGAACUUAAUCGACGUUUUUUAUGACAAUGUGGGAGGUGAGAUCCUCGAUUUCGCCUUGACUCGAGCAAAGCAGCACGCUCGCUUCGUCAUGUGCGGAGCAGUGAGUCAACACAAUGCACUUGAGCCAUAUGGACUCAAGAAUUAUCUCAAGAUUGUUCGCCUUCGUGUACGUAUGGAAGGGUUUAUAGUACUUGACUAUGCAAACCGUUUUGAUGAAGCUCGCUUGCAGCUUUCCGAAUGGUUGAAAGACGGCAAAAUCAAAAGCCAACAAACGAUAGUGAAAGGUGGUCUUCUUGGGGCGGAACAAGCGCUUCUGGGACUAUAUGAAGGGAGGAAGCUAUUGGUGGAAGUUUCCGAGUACGAAGGACUAUCAGAUCUUCCAUAG